AAUUUAAAAACAAUUAAUUGCAUGAUUAAAAAUUUCCCCACUAACAAGGUGGAAAAAAUACAAGAUUUUAAUUCUAGAACUAUUUUUUUCUUCAACAGCGUUUCUUUUGCGUUUAAACGCUGUAUGGAAAAUCUGGGGAUUUCACAAGGGGUUUAAUAGACUAUUUGAUACUGACUGUGAAACAAUUAUGCGCGGUCCCUGGUGCGUAUAAACCGGCCUCGGUUUUUGCUGUCGUCCCAGUAUGUGUACAUGAUUUAAAGUUAAAAUGAAGACGAACAUUCCUCUCUCCGUGGUUUUUCUUACUGCUGCCGUCUCGUCUACAAAUUACAACACAGUGCAUAAUCUUACAGACACGCUACUGAAUGGCUACAACAAAAUGGUCCGGGGAAGCAAAGACAUGACCGGCAAAACCACCGUGCGUUUCACCUUUCAGAUCGUGAACAUUGUGGAGUUCGAUGAACGAAACGGGAAACUCUCGAUCACCGGGUUUUUCUUUCUGCAGUGGAAUGAUUACAGAAUGACAUGGGACCCCGACCAGUAUAACGCCACUACCUCUGUUAUGUUUGUCACCGAGGACGUUUGGACGCCUAACAUCAUCCUCUCGAGUGCUCACAGCGACUUUCGGGGACUCGGAGUCAAAGAGCUACCCAUCAGAUUUGACAAUACCGGAAAUUCUUACUGGUAUCCAGCGGAUGUUUUCAAGACGGCUUGUACCCCGGAUAUUUACUACUACCCAUACGAUACCCAGAUAUGUGAUAUUUUCUUCAGUUUUUGGGGAUACGGUGUUAACGAGGUGGGCUUUCAGCCUUUCAUUGACGAAGUCAACAGGUACGUGUAUACUGAACACGGGUUAUGGAAUCUAACGGAAUCUUCAGUUGGAGCUAUUGAAGACGCGAGAGCGAACUUAAUUUUCCUCUAUAUCCAACUCAAGUUGACCCGGAUGCCAGAGUUCUACUUGAUCAACAUGAUCCUUCCAGUCAUGACUAUAGGCAUGCUGAACAUUCUCGUCUUCCUUCUCCCCGCGGAGUCGGGCGAGAGGGUCGGGUUCUCCAUUACAGUGCUGCUGGCCAUUGCAGUGUUCCAGACGAUCGCCUCGGAGAAACUUCCGGCGAUCUCCCGACCACAAGUUUCCUUGCUUUGUAUCAAGCUUCUGGUAGACCUGUGUCUAAGCGUUUUAGUGACCACUCUAGCCAUUGUUUCUUUGUAUUUCUAUGACAUGUCCGAUUCCAGGAAAGUGCCCGAUUGUCUUCGCACUAUUUGUAAAGUGAUUUUAUGCAAAAAGUGUGAGAAAGACAAGAAGGAAAAACAAGGGUACCAAGAGGAGGAAACGUACAAGAUUUAUCAAAUAAUCGACGGACAACAAAUUACUGCGUCUAUAUCCAUCAGUGACAAUCAGUCGGCUGACGACGCGGGGUCAAAGUGCAUGGAUAUCACGUGGGUAGAUAUCGGACGCUGCAGCGAUAUCGUUUUUGCAGUUUUCUCAGUUUUAGCCUUCAUCGCAUCAAAUGUUGUGUUUGCUGUUUUAGCCAUGUAGAGAUUAAUGAAAUAUGCAUGUGCUCUUGUCAAAGAUUCCAGAGGAAGAAUUUUAUAUACUGAAUGUCUUAAUUUUAAAGAAAAUUUUACUGCUUUAAAUAGAAAUGACGUGAAUUAUAUGGCGAACCGUACGCGCAUAAUUUACGCGCAUGUAACAAUUCGUUGUGUUCCCCGUUGCCAAGUGUGUUGCUAACGCUGAGGGUAAUAGAACGAUUCCCAACUGCGUUUAAACCAAUCAGAUUUCAGUAUUUAACAUGAAAGUAUAAUAAUAUAUCUUGCUGUAUUUCCUUACAGUAAAACUGUACAGCUCAUGUAUGGCUUACUCUCUAAGUCAGAUUUUAAAAAACACAUAAUAAUUGCCAAGGAACUAAAAUUUGUUGACUGUGUCCUCGUAAAAGUCGCUUUAAAAUUAAUGUUUUGUCUCAGUAAUGGGUAUAUGGACCAUACUACGCUACAAAAGGUACUUGUGUUCACAGCACAGGCGCGUGACACGCCAUCCAUCCGCCCUCUUGCACGUAGAAUCAAACGUAUCUCUGGACCGUGGUGUCCUGAAUUGAACAUUUUUUCAGUGUCUGUGGUUCAAUUAAGAGAUAAAUCGAAUAUUUUACUCAAUAUGGUUAUUUUGCAUGAUUUUGUAAUGAUAAAUUGAACGAUUUUAUGAAAGAACGUCGAGAUUUUGCAAAAUAGAAAAGUCCUUUUAUUAAACUGAAACUUUAAGGGUUCGCUGAGAAGUAUACAUUAUAUAAGAAAUUAAAUUAAACUUGGGUCAUUAAUAAAAAUGUUCAUAAACUUUGUGAUUAUCACAGCUAGCCAAAAAGAGCACUCUCCAAGAUACUGUACAAAGAUAAUAGCAUCAAUAGUUCAAACAUUUCUGAAUCUGUACAAUUCAACAAAAAGUUUAUACAGACAUAUACAGCUUGUGUGCGUUUUCUAUUUUUUUUUUAGGUUUUUGUUUUGCUUCGGAUUUCAUUUAUUUUUGCAAUUGUUCCAUUCUUUUCGUAACACGAAUUGACACGCAAAAGAUGACAGUAAGACUAUUCAUUUGUAUUUGUAUUUGUUCCUUUCUUUCUGUGAACGCGAAUUGACACGCAAAAGAUGACAGCAAGUCUAUUUAGGGUCACUAGACCUCUCAAUUUAAUGAAUAGAGACUAUCACAAGUACUUUUUUGUUUAAGGAUGUUUUAACAAAAGCAUUUUUGUUCAAAUAAAGAAUUGGAAUUGUAAAGUACUUGAAUUUCACAACUCUUCAUCAAACAUUUUAUCAGUACAUUUGAAAGAAUGCUUAGAACUAUUAAGUGUUGUAAUGUAACAUGUAGAUUGCUUUGCUCCUUGAAGCCUCAGUGACUAAAGCUUAUUAAAUUUACAAUAUAAUAUUUUCUGCAAAAUACAAAGCAAAAGAAAAAAAAUAGCAUUUAUGUAGAUUAUUUCACCUUCCCAAGUCAAGUUUAUCUUUAAAAAUGAUUGAUGGAUUAACUUCAAAUGGUUAUGUUAAUAAAAACCA